AUUGACAAACUCGUUCGAGUCACUGGAAAGAGGCUCACUCACCAGUCGAUCGGCCAAGAGAAGCCAAACCAAACCUACAAGAGGAACAAAAUGGAGCAAGAACAUACGCCUACAACUUCAAGUGUACCUCUCAUUUCUCCAAAUCCCACCAUGCAAUGCACCAAAACCUAGCCAUUUUCUUUCCUCAAAUUCAUUCUCCUCCCUUUUUCUUCCGCUAUUCUCUCCCUGUUUCUAUCCACUUCUCUUUUUUUCUUUUCAUCUCUUCCGGUGCGAUUGGAUCUGAGUGACUUCUUUUACAAUUCUCCAUUCUGUUCAUUCAAUCCGGAAGAGAAAUCUUCAAUUUCUACUCUUUAGGCGUUUUUGGAUCCGUACAGGAUUACGCAAUUUCCCGCUCUGUCUUUUUGUCUUUUCUUGGUGAUUGUAGGAGUGUUUAGGCUUUGUAACCUGAAUUUUUGGACUUUUUUUUUUAGCAAUUUGGGUUCUUUAGGAUAGGUGCAGUUAGGGUUUUGUGGUUUGUCUUUUGGUUUCAUCGUGAGAUUAGGGUGCUUCUAUCUUUUGGGUUCAUUGUUAUUCUCUUUGGAGUUUUUAGAUUGAAGUAGUAGUGUGUGAGGGGGCUAAAGGAGGAACUGGGAGUAGCCAAUGCCAUUUUUUUCGGAUUGGUGUUCGAAGAAUUUUUCGGUGAUUUUUGCAGUACCAAAUUAGAUAGAGACUGAGCUUAUCGAUGUCUUGGGCAGGACUGGAAGAUAUUUACCUUUCUACUUCUCUUGCUAGCUAUCUUGACAAGAAGCUACUAGUGCUUUUACGAGAUGGCCGAAAGCUCCUGGGAAUACUACGUUCUUUUGAUCAAUUUGCCAAUGCUGUUCUCGAGGGUGCAUGUGAAAGAGUUAUCGUCGGUGACCUCUAUUGUGAUAUCCCUUUAGGUCUAUAUGUUAUUCGAGGCGAGAAUGUUGUUUUAAUUGGAGAGCUGGAUUUGGAGAGGGAGGAACUUCCUCCACACAUGACUCGUGUUUCAGCAGCCGAAAUUAGAAGGGCACAAAAAGCUGAAAGGGAGGCUACAGAUCUAAAAGGUACAAUGAGGAGGAGAAUGGAGUUCCUUGAUUUGGAUUAGUUCAUAACCUGCAACCGAAGGUAUAUGGAUCCGCACAUAUUUUUAGCGGUUAGCUGUGGGGACAUGACAAGGUUGGAUGCUCUGCCUGUUUCUCUAAAAUUCAUGUAACAUUUUUCAAAAGAAAUGUAUUUGACAAAUUUAGUCAGUGCUGGCUAGUUCUGGGAAUUUCAAUUUUGGAUGGGGGGUGGGGGCAGUAGUUUAAUUUUUCAUUUUCUGUGUUCACAUUGUAUUGAAUAUUUUCAGUUGUUUCUGUACUAUCAAGAAAAAUUAGAAUGGCA